UGGUUUAUAAAACGGAAGUUUAAAAACUAGUUACUAUUUCUUCACACGUUGAAUAUUUACUUUGUGGUAUAUACCGAUAAAGGAUAUAUGCAAUGCAUUUUGCAAAUAUUUAUAAAAUAAAUAUACCGUAUUAAAAUUGAAAUGGAUUCAUUAAAGCCGCUAGAGAAAAGCUUAGUUUGUUUUGAUAAGCAUAACAUAUUAAAUGAUCCAAACACAGGGCAGUUAAAACACCAAAAGAUUAACAACUUACAAUGGAGUGCUACAAACGAACAACUACGGAUGUCCGGCAAUUCCGAACAUUAUGCAACUAUUCAAGACAGAAGCGGUGAAAACACGUUUUUUACACCAAACCCUGAAUAUGAUAAUGCUACGCCUGGUAAACGUGAAAGUACCUCGGCUCAAUAUGUGUCUUUUAAUACCGGUGAUCGACUCCCGACUAGCCCAAAUAAAGAAAGAACCGCUGGUUAUUCGUAUGCCACAAAUGGUGAGAUACACUUUCUGCGCGAUUCAAACCACGAAAACCAUCAUAGCGAGCAAAUCCAACAACUUGAACAUAAUGAUGAGAAGAAUUCUAAACACGAUGCUUAUAUGUCUAAAUAUCAAAGUAAGGGUACUAAUGACUCAGAUGACAUGUACCUUGAACCGAACCCUCGACGGAUUGGAGGGAGUGGUAAUGAUACUAAUCAUAGCGAUAUAAGGAUAAGUUGGCUUGGUGAAACACAUGAGUAUCACCAACCUGACAAUGGACUUGGGGCAACAUUGACGAGUACAUAUGAUGUGGGCAGGGUGCCUUCAAAUAAAAAAGUGACAGCACCAAAUAAAAAGGAAAAGAAAAUAUGUAGUAAAUGCAAAAUGAUUACUGGUGUAAUUCUGGUAAUAUUAGUAGCCGCUGCCACUGCCUCUACUGUUGCAGUUCUUAUGAUUGGUGAUUUAAAAGAGGACGACAACGUAUGUGACUACAAGCAUGGAUGUCAGACAAAGUGUCAAAAAUACCCAAAUUUUUCCAACGGCCAUACCAAUGUUACUGAGGAGGUGUUACCACAAGUGGCUGUUAAGAUAACAUGUAAUAAAGGUUUUGAAGUAAAAGAAAUAGAUACGGCAAUUUGUCUAGAAACGGGCUCUUGGAGUGAAGUAAUUACAUGUGAGCCAGUUGACUGCGGGAUAUAUCAGCCACCUUACCAUGUUCAUACUCAACAGUCCGUACAUGAAACAACAGUUGGGUCAUCAAUUAAUCUUCAAUGUGAUCCUGGUUUCCAUUUUACAACAUCUAGUGAUAAUUCCGUAACGUGUAACGAAAAUGGCGUGUGGGUCGGGAAUCCAAAAUGUGAAAAUUUAGUUGAUUUAUCUGUAGACACCGAUACUGUCCUCAUCGGUGGGAUGGCAACCCUGUCUUGUGAAUUCAGAAAAAUACCAAACUGGAGGAAUAUAAAGUUCAAACGCAUUAACAGAAAAAGUGAAUCCGUAAUAAUUGCCUCUGUUGUCAAUAAUGUAGACUCGUAUAAAGUGACUAAAGACAGUGAUAGAAUAAAUAUCAUUGAAAAAACAUUUACGCACGAAUCGGGUACAUUUAAAGUGAUGAUUGAGACCGUCAAAUGCUCCGAUGCUUUCGAAGAACCCGGUGAAAUAAACAUAACCUGUGAUAUUGAAACAAGUGAUACCGUGAACACAUUUCGUGAUGUGAAAAUUGUUCGAAUACAAGGCAAAGCGGUUAAGCCGGAUCUUUUCGUGCCAGCCCAAGUUGUUGAAGGUGAUAUCAAGUCCACACUUUUUCAUUGUGAAAUGUUGUUUCCGGAGCCGAACGGUCGCGUGACAAUUGACACUGGCAAUGAUGGUUCCUUUACCACUCUGUUGUCUUCUCCAAACAUUGGUGAGUGGCCUUAUGUUUGGUCCUCUUCAAACGGUGUAAGCCAUACGAAUGCGGCGUGGAUUGAUACCAUAAGGUUUGACUUGGAGAACUGCUGGUAUAGGAUGGAAGUGACAUUUGGCCUGAAAAAUGUUUCAAUGGAAUGGCACAGGAAACAUAUUAGAUGCACUGCAAAACCGUCAGAAGAUGCAUCUGACCAAACAGUGUUCACAUCUGACAGUGGCGUCGUAAAAGUUAUACAAGAUACUUUAUGCAAUGGUAAAAGUCAGGUACGGUACCCGUAUGACUGCGAACAUUUCAUCGUUUGUGAUGACAAAAAUCACUUCAAUUCAGUUUUGGAAGUGAGAGCAUGUGACAACAAUGCAUGCUAUGACGACCAAUCUCAAACGUGCAGUCCGUGUUCGCCAUCAAGCGGUUGUCCAAUAACAGACAUUUUCUUCAGUGACAGACAUUCAGCUACUAUUGGGGGACAAAUUGACAUUGUCUGUAUCGUGGAAGACUUUAAAGGGCUUACUGACAUUGAGAUCACAAGGUCUAAUGGAAUGGUGUCGGUAUCAUCGAUCAAAUCAGGAGAUAAUCCUAAACUACGGAAUUUCAAAACAAAAUCGAAUGAGACUUAUGUUAAUGAAACGCAUGGAACGAUCACAAUACAUGUAGACUUCCUUCUGUGUUCUGAUGAAGGAACAUAUCUAUGUAGUCCGAAAGGAACUGGAGAUGUACAGUCAGAAGACGUGAUAAACCUUGACUUUGAUUGUUGAAUAUAAAUAUGAGCCGCGUCACGACAAAACCAACAUAAUGGGUUUGCGACCUGCAUGGAUCCAGACCAGCCUGCGCAUCCGCGCAGUCUGAUCAGGAUCCAUGCUGUUCGCUUACGAACCCUAUUACAAGUAGAGAAAUUGAUAGCGAACAGCAUGGAUCCUGAUCAGACUGAGCGGAUGCGCAUGCUGAUCUGGAUCCAUGCUGGUCGCAAACGCACUAUGUUGGUUUUGUCAUGACGCGGCUCAUAUAUUAAAAAUUUUGCAUGGCAACAUACCACAUUACCUGUGAAGUCAUUAUUAUUCGUGGGACACGAAUUUUCGUGGUUUUCGUGGAUAGGGCAAUCCACGAAUUUAAGACCCGACGAAAUUUUACCUCGAAGAAUAUUGCUUACCAUGUCUCUGUUCCAUAUAUCACAACUGUUUUUCCGACCGAUUUUUAUGCUAUGAAUGUAUACUGAUAAUCAGGUCAGUGACAAAUUAAAUCCAUAAAUAGUUUAGUUUUGCAAUAUUUAAGAAACUUGAGAAAAAAUCGAGUGUAUGUUUUCAGUUUGCAAAUGUUCGUUGCAUAUAAACAUCAGGGGGACUACCUGAUCGUUGUAGGUAACUUGAUUGUGUUAGCUAGAAUACGUGACAUAAUCGAGUUAAUUUGGGAACCCAGUGCAUUUAUUAGCGCCGAUAAAACUUUACAAGACUAGUGUUUAUAUGAUCCAUUUAAAUGAAUUUCAAUAUGUAUUUAUGGGACUGCUAUUCCAAAAAUAUCAAAACGCCGCAGUCUUUUUACUAGAUUCACACGUACAUAUCUAACUGUAUUGAGCCUAACUAUAUUAAUUUAUAUGCAUAUAAAUUACACAGUCGAUGUGACGUAGUGUGUAGUUUUUGACCGAUUAGGGUGUAAACUUUUUAACUCAAUGGUUAAAUUGUGGCAGAUGUCAAAUAAUUUAUGCGAUAUUUACAUUGGAUAAAUAUAGGGGCAGUGUUACCAAUGGAGCUUCGUAUCAUGUCACACAACUUGUAAAUUGCUGUCAAUUACUGGCAGUAACUGUGUUACUCCCACAGGCAAAGAUUAAAUUUAUUGACAAGAGCUGUUUUAUAUACACGCGGUAAGUAAAACAGCGCGGUGAUUAAGUUGAAGAUUACUUUCCAUUGCUUAUUAUUAUUUUUUUAAAAGAAAAUGAAAAUCCACGAAUUUAAGACCCCACGAAAAUGCCAGUUUUGAUAAGACCACGAAAAUUCAUGCCCACGAAUACAAAUUAUUUCACAGUAAUGGGUUUGCGACCAGCAUGGAUCCAGACCAGCCUGUGCAUCCGGGCAGUCUGAUCAGGAUCCAUGCUGUUCGCUUACAAACCCUAUUGCAAGUAGAGAAACUGAUAGGGAACAGCAUGGAUCCUUAUCAGAGUGCGCGGAUGCGCAGGCUGGUCUGGAUCCAUGCUGGUCGCAAACACACUAUGUUGGUUUUGUCAUGACGCGGCUCAUAUAUUAAAAAUUUUGCAUGACAACAUACCACAUUACCUUAAUUAAAUAAUAUUUAUUGAAUAUAUAAAUAUAGACCUUUUUACGACGCGGUCCGUUGCUAUGAGAAAUCGACCGGAAGUAGUAUUUCCACGCACAUGCGCAAUCUUUGUAGGGCAAAAAGGCGUAGUCUAACAAAGAAAAUUAAUUAAUAUACUUAUACAUAUAGAAGUUCAUAUACUAUUCCGAGUAAGUUUAAGGUAAAAUGUAGAAUAUUAUACAAAAUAGCUUUUAACAAAAACAUAAAAUAUUUCUGUAUAGCUUUGUUGCAAAGAUUGCCAUAAAAAGGCAUAGAAAAGGAAAUUGUUUAAGAAUUCCCCCUUUCGAUGGGCCCACUUACGGUCACGGACCUGACAUUGAGAUGUUUUAAAGAAAAUGUUGAAUUAUAUAUUUUAUUCAAAUGGGAGUCAAUUAAAUUGUUGUUGAAAUAAUUCAUAAAAAAAUAUAAAAGAAAUUGAGGUUAAUGAGCAUUCUGAAAAUAAUCAGAACAGACGCGGUGAUAAUGCAUUUUUAGUGUUCAGUUUACCUGAUUUUAUCCUUUAAUUGACUGUGAUGCAAAACAGAUAAUUUUUAAGUCACAUAAAUACUUUUAAAUAGUUAUUUUUUCACAAUUUUUAAAUUAAGUGAAAUAACACUCAUUUUAUCCAGUUCCUCGUAACACAAAUUAAUAUUUUUAUUGCAAGUGACACUAAUUGUCAUUUCACAAAUCAAUAAACAUUGAUGAGAUCGGUAUAUAUAAAAGUUACUUAAAUUACGUUUUUCAUAAGUGUACGUGAUUAACUAUGUCAUGGUUCUAAAACGUCCCGGUUGAAUGAUAUUUAUACAAUAUCUAGCUGGAAACAAACAAUCUGUUUGACACAUACCGCAUGGCCAAUCCAAAGGAAAUGUACACUACACAUUGUGUAAUAUUAUGUAAUGCAGGGGUAAUACAAUUUAAUCUUUAACACCCUGCUGUUUAAAUUUAAAUUACGGAUGAAAAAGUCGUGUAAUGAUAACUUAAACAGACGUCUUUUUGUAUGCGCCUUUUGACCAUUGGAUUAUUAGUCCUGAAUUUCUAUUAUAUCUGUAAUAAAUAUCAAUUGACGUUUCAAGUAUUUACCGCUUUAAGUCUUCCCAAAUUACUGUUUUCUGGUUGAUAUAACAUGGAAUCACGACUAUUAAAGCCUUAAAGUAUAUCAUACACUGUGCGCUUUUGCCCUUCGCAGAAUGCGCAUGCGCGAAAUACAACAUUGGUUUCUAAUGAAGAAUCGUAUUGUCAAAAGGUCUAUACAUCAAUUUUUUUACAUAUUAUACAAAUUUCACAAUUUACAUAAGGGUUAGGCCAAAAGUUCUUACAACAUUAUCAUUGGCAAUUCCAGUACUUGUAUACCGAAGCUCAACUUACGCGCUAGUUUAGUAAUUAUGUAAUCGCAGGUUCUUUCCCAUCUCCAAACAGUGAAGAAAUGAAUCGAAAAAAAGAAAGAUCAUCAACAUGUAUCUUGCAGAACGAGAUUAAUCUUGUUGUUCAGCUGGUUCAUUGAGUUUUAGUUCCCUCUUAGUUUCUAAUAACCGUUAUUUUCUUCUAAAUGAUUUGAUCAUUUAAAGAUUAUUCUUAAUGAACUUGCGUAAUUUUGAAUUAAACAUUUGUUAUGGUAUAAAAUAAAGACCUGUGGCGAUUUGUAUUAAAACACUAGAAAAUACA